AUGUCAAUUGAAGUACCUUUAACAAUAGGUAAGUUAGAUGCGUCAGUUACGCUGCUAACUACACCAAGUAAUCAUGUGAUCGAGUUUCCAACCAUAUUGCUUCCUGAAAACGUUAAAGCGGGAUCUAUUGUCCUUUUAAAGUUAACCGAAGACUUUGAGAAAGAAAAGGAGGAACGUGCUAAAUUUUCCAAGAUUCAAGAUGAAAUUCUGGAGAAAUAUGGUUCUCUAGAGCCUAAAGCGCCUAAGUUGAAUUUGGUUAAUGUAACGCAGACAAGUUGCGUGUUAGAAUGGGACCAAUUGAAUGUUGGUUCGUCACAACUAUCGUCUCUGAUUUUGUAUAAACAGGGUGUUCGAGCUUUAACAAUUCCCAAUGCUUUGCAUUCGACUUCAACCAAAGUUUCUGGUCUUUCAAUCGACACCAUGUAUGAAUUUCAAUUAAGGAUGUUUACUACAUCAGGGUUGUUUUGUUCGAAUAAAUUAAAAGUUCACACGCAUAAAAUGACUGAUAUGUCCGGUAUCACUGUAUGCCUAGGACCGCUAGAUAGUUCUAGUGGGAUUACUCAAGAACACAUUGAAAGCAGCAUGAAGGCAAUUGGCGCGAAGCCUUUACAGAAGCAAGUUUCAUUAGACACGACUCAUUUUAUUUGUAAUAUCCAGCAAAGUGAUGAUAAAGAGUUGGAAAAGGCCAAAAAUAGUAAUAUACCGGUUGUUAGACCAGAAUGGAUCAGAGCUUGUGAACUUGAAAAGAGAAUGGUAGGCGUCAGAGGCUUCUACUUAGACGUGGAUCCUUCAACCUUAGAUAGCUAUAAGUUUGGAAGCUCGGCUGACGCUAAUAAAGAGCUACCUAAAGUUGCUCUAGCUGAUGAGCAGGAAGGUGAGGACAAUGUUCAUGUCAAUGGCGAUACAGAGAACAAUUCUCACGCCGAGGUACCACAAGCAAACGGAGUGCCAAGUUUCAAUGGGAAGGUACCGGAAGUGGAAGAUAGCACUGAACUAGCAGCUGAACCAUCUUCCCCGGAUAUUGAUGGGACUGAUAAAAACGAAAAGGAACCAGCGGUUAGUCCAGACUUGCGUGUUUCAAUGGAGCAAAUAGAGUUAAACGAAAAGCUGGUGGAUGAAUCUAAAAAUCUACACUCUCAAGCUAUCGCUUCUAGGUCAGUAGACCUUUCAUCAGAACACAUAGAACUCGGUGGUCCAGUUGAGCUUGAUGAUCUGAAGGAGGUUGAUAUUAGUGAUGAGCCACUUCCUGCUGUGAAUCAAGAGCAAGAAGUAAACGACAAACCAGAACAAAAAAUAGAGCAUCCAACCACCAAAGACCAAGAUGUAUCUCCAUCUUCCCAAGGACUUGCUCAUUCUGCUGUGCGAGUCGACACAAUUGACCUCAAAUCGGCUCCAAAAGAUGAAACAGAACAAAUAGCUGAUCAAACAUCCAUCAAGCCAGACAAUGCAUCUAUAUCCUCUGAAAUAUCUAUUCACUCAACUGGAGAGCAAGCAUCCUUUGGAAUUGGAAUUGCAAAGAGUUCUGAGCAAAGCCUAAAUGAUAGCAAUUCUGAUAUUGAAGAUACACAGGACCUAACUAGCCAAAUUAAGAGCGACACAGUUCCAGUGGACGAAACUGAAGAACCUGAUUCUGAUGCUGCCGCACCACAAUCCCAAAAGGGAACCAAUUCGAAGAAGAAGAAGAACAAAAAGAGAAAAGGUAAGAAGUAG